AUGAAAAAUUUUGAAAAUUUUCUAAAUCUAUAUCUAAACUUUCCUUUUUUUUUUUUUCUUUUUUGAAUCAAAAAUUGCCAACUUCAAGAUUUUGUAACCUUUAAGACUUAUCUCGUCUCAAUAAUUGCGAAAAAAUUUUAUAUAAUGUAUUUAUUUUAAGUAAAAAAAUGCUUUUGGAAGUGGAAGACGAGACACGUGACUUUAUAACGACAUAUAAAAAAGAUUUUCAAUCGAAAGAAGGUCAUAGACCAAAAGAAUGCAGACCGGAACCACCUUACCCUCCACCAUUGAAUAUUUUAAAUGGCCCUUAUAAAAAAUGUCUCAAUACACGACGAAAAAAUGAAACGCUUCCUUUAAGUGAACAAAGCGAGGAUCCUCAGGAAAACUUAAAUAGAAUUCGCGAGAAAUAUUCGCAUUUAAAAAAAUUUCUUCCGGAAGUUGUACCAGACGAAGAUUUAAUUGAAAGAAAAGACAAUGAACUGAAACAAACCAUGUAUCAAUUACAUUAUUCAAAAGGUUUAAUGUUUUGAAAGUGAUAGUAUAAUUUCAUUAAUAUAAUAUAAUAUAUUUAAAAUUAAAAAUUUAAUUAUUUAGAUGAUUAUUCACCUCGCGUGAAAAUAUAUGGAAGAAAAAAAGAUAUACCUUUACCGGAAGAUUGGGUCAUAUCAGAAACGGUUCAAAAAAAAUCUUAUAAAAAUCCGUGGAAAAUCGUAACAAAAGAUUUGUUACAUGUAAAAAAAGCAAUGAAACCUUUGGAUAAUUUAAUACCGAAUGAAAAAGAAAGAGAAAUUCUUCGUAUAAGGUAAGAAAA